AUGUUGAUCGUCUUCUUUGAUAAGCAGAAUGUAGGUUGAACAUCGAUGGACUUGAGAUUUUUCUCCACUGCGUUUAAUGGACGUGCAUUCUAGGUUAUUAAUUACACAUUCUUUCGAUCUAGUUGUGUAAGAGUUAUUAAAACGACCUGUUAGUACAGCUGUGUAGCGCAGUUACAACAUUACUAAUGGCACAGACGUGUUCUCGUUUGUGUAAAUUAUUCAGAUGUUCUAUGGUUUAUAGAUAGUGGUCGGGCACGCAAUAUCAGCCGCUUGAAGAUUAAUAGAAUUUCAUAGCACUUGUUAUAUCGAAUCCGAGAGUAACGCGUUAAAUUGCCUGCUAUUUAAUUUUUAACUCGCUACACACAAAGAUCCUUUUAUACAUCUUCGAAGAUUUCAUUUCUUUAUUCUAUUCUAACUUAUUCCCCAAUUCUCAAAAAUACUGCAGUAUCAUCAGCAUCAUGGGAGAAUCAAAAUAAAUAAAAAAAAUUUUCACGAUUUCUUAUGAUUCGGCGAAUUUCCUGAUAGCAGAUUUAUACGACUUUCUGAGUAUAUAGCGGCAAGCGUGUAUUUCUUAAAAUAGUCCCAGGGUUACCUGGAAGACCAAGAGAUGACCAAACAUUUAAUAACGUCAAUUCUCCAUAGAUCUACCGAAGAAAGUUUGCUAAUCUCAUCCUACUCGAAUCGAUUGUGCCGAGCCCCUUUGAUGGUUGAGGAUGGUGUUGAACAGCGAUUGACACAAUCUUUGAACAUGCUACCGCCAACGGCAACCUGUCACACAGUCGACAAUGGCGUCAUGGCGACGCCGGUAGUCAGCCGGUACGCGGGCGCCGUGGCGCCAGCGUCGCUUAUCCCUUCUCUCUGCCCAUUUCAUCCGCCCAGGCGGUCUUCUCUCGAAACCACGUCCUUCCUGGGUGUGCACCGUCAAUGCGCGCAUUUGACCGGUCCUCGUACGUGUGCAUGCGUGUGCCCGGUUCUUGCUAAGGACAGUACCUUACCUUUCGGUUUCCCAUCCAACGCUGGGCUUCUAACAGUUCCUGGCGUUCCAUCGACGGCGCAAUCUGGCGGUAGACCACGAGUUCAGAGAGGCCACCCUUUGCCCUCUGCACGAACCUUCCACGCAGAGAGGUUAUGUUUGCUCGGGAUUCAUGACGCUCUGACAGAAGUGGAAGGCGGACGGAGCGGGGGUGGCAACGGUCUCGCUAGGAGGUGUCGAAGCUGGCGCGUGGGGCGGGAGAGUCAGCGGUGGUCUGGCUCUGGUUCCGGUGGUAGCGGCGGAAACGGAAGCCGCGACAGCAACAGAUCAGAGAGAAAGACUGGGAAAGGCUGGUCAUUGGAAAAAGAGAUUCGAUCAUCUUCUAGUUCUUAUUUCUACCCUUUCCGUUCCUGGUGGUGGAAGACUUGA